AAAAUGACAAAUUUAAGAUUUGUAUUUUGAAAAAGACGAUCGUUUUCGUUAAAUAACACCGUGUUUUCUUUCAAAAGGUGAUGUGUGAGCAUGUAAAUUCCUGAGUUCAAUCCAGGCCCUUUUUGUACUGGUGUUUGCCAUCAUGAGGUUCAAUAAUAAAGAAUUGGUUCAUCUGGCUCACAGUGGAACAUUUGACAAAGAAGGACCCCUGCUAAUGAAGGACAAACUAGAUGGGUUGUUUAAGAAAGGAGAAGAAUAUCAGAAGCGAUAUCUGAGAUUGAAAGGAAACCUGCUAUUUUAUUUCAAAGACAAAGACAAAUCUGUGUCCAGUGAACCACCUGUUGGGGUCCUGGUUAUAGAAAGGUGUACCGUGGAAUUGGACCUGGCAUCUGUUGACUUUGGCUUUCUGUUAGUUUAUGAGGGAGAAGAGCAUACUUAUAAGUUCCAGGCAGCCUCAGAAGAAGAGAGGGAUGAUUGGAUCCAAAAAAUCCAUACGGCAAGCUAUGAGUGCCUGAAGAUGCAGCUCCAGAGUCUACGAGAACAGAUCCAGGCAAAAACGGGGAGGGACCCUAUCACUCAACCCCCUCCCACAGAGUUUGGCAUGGAGUUUGAAACCCAGUCAGGCAAUGCUAAUGAUGAUCCUGCUCUGGAGAUUUGCUUGUCCUGUACGGAUCUUCCCAAUGACAUUAGUGGACAGCCUCCAAAUCCAUUUAUUGUGCUCAGUACAAUUGUACCACCCCAACAGACUUGGAUCCAGCACAGCAAUACAGAGGUUGUAGAAGCCAAUAACAACCCUCAAUUUCUGAAGACAAUUGGCUUUGGAGACAAGGAUGGAGUGGAUACAACGAUGCGUGUGAAGAUCACGGUGUAUCAUGUCAAAGAGAGGCUGACAGGCACUAUGUCCCAGUUAGGCCAUGCCAUUUUCACUUUACAAGACGUUUUGAUGAAUGCAGAUAUGAAAACGACACUCAAGCUAGCAGGUCCUGACCAACUAGGUUGUGGGACUGUGACUAUCAUGGCUUGGGUUAAUGACACAAAUCUCUCCUUAUCUCAAUCAGAGUCAGACACAAAUCCAAAAAAACCUGCCAUUGUACGGCGUCGCUCAAAACGGGUCGACUCUCUCCGUCCACAUUACAAGAACAUCAUCACUCGUACAUUCCGAUUUGACACAACCAUAGGUGAUGUCAAACUCCUGGUGCAUGAAUACAUGGGAGAAAGCAUGUUUGCCUUUGACAUCCCAAUACAACUUCUGAAAUUAUGGAUUGAGGAAGAGAACCAUGUUUUGUCCCAGCUUCAGGAUAUAGGUCAGAUGUUUGGCCACACCCGAUUACGAGCCUUGCAAGACAGAUUGGACUAUUGUAUGAGCAUGAUAACAUUGUAUCAACAGCAUCUCACAUGCCUUAAAUCCAAAGGACCAUGCUUUAAAGCUAGCACUAUGAAAGGCGAUAAAGACCUGGAGUUCAUUCCCUUGAAUCUCCAUCUUCAAAGAAUGACAGUGAUCAAUGAAGAAAAGAAUACCACUGGUUGGUAUGAUGUCAUCACCGUUGGGGCUUUCACGGCUUAUGCCCAGAAAUAUAAACAUGGAGGUCUAAGUCGUCUGCUAGCUCAGCUACAGGAGUCCCACUCCACAGAGAACAACACAGUGACAAAUCUCUCUGUGGCUUGUGAUCUAGUGAACCAUAUAUACGACCUCAAAAUGAGCAUAUCUAAAGACUGUGAUUGUUUGUGUAAAGUGGCGGUGAAUGGAACGGCAGAGGAUCUGACAACAGUGGCAGAUUCUCUACAGAGAAAGAUUAGAAAACUGGUAGAGAAAUGUGAGACGCCAUUAGUUCAGAACACGGCAGAUGAAUACAACAGAAUUAAAAUGGAGAUGUCCCAGGAUUCCGAACAGUCUAAUUCAGGGGGCACAACUAAGGACAGUAUGUCUAAUGGGGGCAUCAAGCCAGGCAACAACUGGAAGUGGUCAGGAACAGACUUUGUCAAGAGCGCCACUGCAGAACCCUGGGAAAUGACCCGACUGAACACCGAGGCCGCUGCUAUGUGUUUGAUCUCAAUAAUUGAUGACCUUGUGCUCAAUCAGAGUGAGUCUGUAGACAGGACCAAAUGGCUGGAUGAAAUCAGUCCUGCUGUUAUCAAGCUCAAGAGCUUCUUGGAAAUUGUCUACCAGAAAAUUCUCUUAAUUGUUAUGUUCCUACACAUACAGGAAAACCGUGGAAAUUCCAGGUUGAUGCACAUUGUGAGAUAUCGGAGGGAUGUGUGCUUUUCUCAUGCUUUGACAACACUUGUCAGUGGCUUUGUUACUAAGGUAACCACUUGUAUCUCCAAUGAGGACUUUCUGAGACAGAUACAGGAAGUAGGAGUGUUUUGUCAGUUUGAAGGAUUACUCAGUUGCUAUGGAGAUGAGAUGGGGAUGAUAGAGGACUUCUGUGUGGCAGUAGAUGAUUUGAAGUUCGUCACUUUCCAGUUUGUCAAAUCUGAUGACCCUAGUGCUUCACCCACAGUCUUUCAGGAUGGCCAUUUCAAGAGUGGUGCUUAUGGAGAUUUUCAUAGACACUGUGUCAGUGUUAACAUUCCUCUACAAGACGAGAUGUUUGACAAACUGCCAGUUGAGUUACAGAGAGGAGAGAAGGUGUCUGUCACUCCUGUUGUCUUCAACAUUGGUAUUAAUGAGCAGGCCUCAUUAGCAGACAAAAUUGGUGAUACAUCACUGCAAGAGAGAAUCAAUGUUGAAAAUGUUACCAAAGUAAAUGCCUAUUUAGACAGCUGUGAGAAGAAGCUUGGGAGUUUAGACAAAGGAAAAUUAGGUCAAGGUACAAUAAAUGACUUGAGAAACAAACUGCAUUACAAUGUUAAUUCCAAAAAGAGCAAAAAUACAGAUGUCCUGAAACUGGCUGCAGAGAUCUGCAGGAAAAUCAAUGGGAUACGUGUCAUCAGUUGUAAGAGUGCUAAGGAUAGAACCUCUAUGAGUGUAACAUUAGAGCAGGUGUACAUACUUCAGCAGGAACAUGACCUGGCAUCACAUGUGUUCUCCCAGUCCUUAGACUGUUUUAGAAGUGAAGGAGUCAGGAGAGAAAACACAUAUAAAAACAUUGGUUCUAGAAAAUAUGCCUUUAAUAGUUUCCAACUUCUGUAUGUUCCCAAACUCUAUAGACCACCAAAUGGGACUUAUGGGAAUGUUCAGGGAUGAUUCUUAAAGUCUGCUGACUUACAUGUGUUAUGUGUCAUAUCCUUAUAGUCUUUGAUGAGAUACAAAAUAUCAGAAUGCUCAUUGUUAAGUGUGUGUAUUGACUACGCACAUGUACAUGUCUGAUUUGUUAUACAUUGUCAAGGAGUUUUCUCCACUUGUCCUAGUACAUGGAUCUGUAUAAAGUGUGAUUGUUAUGUUUAUUACCUCUUGUUAAAACUUGUUGUCUUUAUAAAACAUACACUAUAUGGAAAGAAAGUAUAUGUACAUGUGCAUUGUAUGUCCUGUUAAUUUUUACAAGUGAUGAGACAUUUACACAGACCAGUAUGUCACAUGAGGGCUAUUUUUUAUCCAGAAGAUCAUUACAAGUGCUUUGAUCAGAGUAGGGAAGUAUCUAAUCAGAUAAAUAGCCUUACUGUGUACUUUGUUCUAUAGGCAUUAUUUUGUACUCUUAACAAUAGAAUUGUCACCCAAUACCUAUAUACAUAUAGAGUAAUAACCUGAUGAGUGUUUCUGUCAUGUUCUUAACUGAUAACUAGUCAUUUGUGGGAAAUUUCGUAUAAAUGAAUCAAUAGUCAAUUACUUUUUUGCUCACCUUAGUAAAACAUUUAAGAACAAACUUAGCGUUAUUCAAAGUCAAAAGAAAUCCCAGGUUUGAAAAGUGACCAUCUUAUUUAAAUGAUACAGCUCAGAUGUUUUUAGUCUUGCAUUUUUUUUUUAUAUGUAAGUUUAGAGCUUUGAGAACAAAUAAUUAAACAGGUUGUAAUUUUCAUAUAUUUUAAGUGAUAAAGAUCCUUCAUAAUUAAGCUUUCAUGUUUUAUUAAUUUACAAUGAAUUCAAUCAUUUUAGA